ACCAACUAAAACCUACUUUGCUUCACAAUUUGAUUAAUCCGAAUACCAGUUUGCAUUCAUUUGAUACUCCAACCAAUGUGUCGAUAGUAAUGAUUUCCAAGAUGAUCCUUCCCAUUGUUUUAGCAUCGAUGGUGGGAUCUACUGAUGCAGGGAUAUCAGCUCAGAAUGGGGAGGAUAAACACAUGGCUACAGCUUGUGUGGGGCGCUGUGAUUUUGGCUACAGAAUGGACUGUCCGCGAGGAAAGAGAGUGGCUCCCCGGGAUCUAACCUACCAUGCAAAAGAGAUCUCGGCACAGUGUCCAGCAAUCAAACAGAACCCAGAUGUAGUGUGUCAGAGUAGCAAGUGUUGUCGCUACAACGCAGGCGAUUGUAGUCAACCGUUCUCCUAUAACAAGGCUUUCGAUGUGUUUAACAAUUGCUCGGGGUACCAGAACUGUGGGUGGUUCAGGGCACAGUCAGUAAACCUUGGAAACCGCUGCAGUCACCGCGACAAGACCAACUAUGUGUCAGCUACCUACACCUGUAUCCAAGAGGAAACCAUGUUAGAUAUAUGUUCAGAGGCUUCUAAGCAGGGCAAUUCGGUGUCCCUUUUAUACAACGGCGCUCGCUACGGUGGUGCCAUAGACGAUCCCCGCGUCUGUUCCUGUGCCAUCACCACAUCAGACUGUGACUCUCCAGCCAGACUCAAGUUUCGUGCAGUUGAUCUGAGACUCCAUUCUUAUAAUGACAUCACUUCCUGUAAGCCCCACAGUCGUGUAUUGCUCCAAGACACAGCGACGUCACAGUCGUUGAGGUGCCAGUCCCAUUAUUUCCAUAAGGGUUUCCGAGAUGUGUUCUACAGCUCCUCGCCUUAUGCCAAAAUGUCAUUGUACAACCAGCCUGGAGUGUACCCCACUCAGGUGUGGCUGGAAGUAACAGCCACGAUAUCAACUGUAGAUGUGAUUGUGACUUGUGAAAGCUCCCAGCCUGAAAAUGUUUUGUUGUGUGGAAACGAUUUGCCCUCAUACCCCCAAGAUUAUGAAAAUAAAAUUUCUACCAUAUCAUCAGGAAACAGAUUUGAACCAGCUGCGAAUGAAAGUAAGAACCAUUCAUACAAUGAUAAUAAAGGUAAGUUUCUAAUCGACGUUUCGACACUCUAAGUGUUACAUAGCUGCAAAUCUGUAGCUCCCUGUCUGAUAAAAAUGGAUGGAAAACCUGGGAGCUACAGUUCCGUACAUGUAAAAAAAAAGUUGAAUUUUCGGCGGACAAAAUUUUAAGCUACUUUUAGACUGAUUACCCUUAUUUCCACACAAAUUCAUUUGAAACAAUUACUGUACCAUUAACUUCUUCACACAUGUACUGAACUGUAGCUCCCAGAUCGUCAAUCUGAUUUUUUUAAUAGUUAGAUAGAUACUCGCUAAAAGUAGCAGAGUCAAACGCUAGCAAAUUAAAACUUGAUCUUCAUAGACAUUGUGGGUUAUGAUGAUUGUUAACGAGGCUGGGGGUGGCUGCCAUUUUAAAGCGUUUUUAUCUCUAUACAAAAAAGAUUUUCACUUUAAUGUUAUAUAACUCUUAUAUCGUACUGCAAUUGUCUUUUGAAAGAAAUGGAUAUGAUGGUAUUGAAGCAUUAUUUAAAGAGUCAAUUGAUGGUAAACCAAGGGUUACA